UUUUUGUUUGCGCCGCUUGCGCAGCCGUCCAGUCGGCGCAGCAGGGCGCAGGGCGCAGGCGUAGCCGCCGCACUUUGUGUGUCUGUGUGGGGUAGCGGACAGCGGUGCCAGUAGAGUACCUGGUAGUGCGGCCUUGAGGCAGCAUCGAUGGUGCUCGCUGGCCGUCUCCACCCGUCCUCAUGGAAGUAGGCGCUCAGCUGGCGCUUGUAGACGUACCGAGGGGGCUUUAGACGAAGCUAAACUUACCGUUCAGCUACUGUCUUCACCAUCUUGACGCCGAGAAUGUCGAAUGCCGGCAGCGUUGCAUCCCGAGGACGCGGUCGUGGCAGAGGCCGUCUCAGAUGGCACCAAAAAAGCAGACGACGGCAUGGCUUACUGAAGUGCGCUGAACAAGGCCCAGCCAGACUAUCGAGACCCCUAACAGCAGCACAAGAGCAGGUAACGCUGCCAAGCCUAAUGGGGCUGUCAUGGACCAGAAUGCAUCAUGCACAGCAGCGUCUUCGACUCCUACUUGUAAUUCUGCUUAUGACAAGUUGGCACACAAGCGCUUGGAUCCCAAAUAUGGAGGUGGUGGUGAUGCUGCGACAAUUGCUGUGCUCAAUAAGAGGCAUACUGGCCCGGCGAUCAGACAACCCGGAAGGGCACAGAGUAAUUGGUGGGACAGAGCAAGUGAUGUCCAGAAUGCUGUUGUAAGCAAUCGGAAGUCUCCGUGUGUGGCAAAUACAAGCAGUUCGGGCAGUGCUUCCGGGAACCGCCAGUCCAACUUGCCGGGACGCGGCAGGGAUGCACCCAGGCAUGCUUCUCACGAGGAACAUGAUAGACAACAGCGCAGGCCAGUUGCGGGAAGACCCCGGAAAGACUUUGCCUACGGCGGAACUGACACGGCGAAUGCCAUGCCCUCCUCUAGUAGCCGUCCAGGUACCAAACCAUUUGCAACAUCCUCGAAGAGCUGGAAAAGUCCGCCUAGUAUCCACGAGGCACGACACGGACAACCUUCCAUCGCGUCUGUGGCUGCUGGCACGGGCCAUUUGUAUGCGCUGCAUUUGCACAACAACUGUCCCAAUUUGCCGCCAGUGGAGGAUAUUGUGAAGCAUCUACAACAAAUACAGAUAUUAUUUCAGUGUGCAGGCCUCAGUAUGGAAAUGCCCUGCUCGAUGACAGACACAGAGCCCUGUUGGAUCCUCAACAACCUGAGAACAUUCAACCGCAUCCUGAUGAGGGUCGAUAUUGAGCUGAAAGAGGAAGAGCCCCGUAAACUCUGUGUCUGUUCCCUCAACGAAGCGGUGGUGGCAAAUUCUGACGCUGACGGGCUCUUUGAUGCUUGCAUCCUGUUCCACCUUCUCCUCAAGAGGCACAAGUGCAUACAGACGCUGCACCUAGACAAGACGGUUGUGGCAUCCGGUUACCCCCAGAUACUCUGUGAUGCACUGGCCUGCAACAGGGGCCUCAGGCACCUUGCCAUUGCUUGUUGGGACUUCUUGCCCAGCACCGAACGCACACUCGUCUACUCGCUAUGCAAGAUGCCCGCGCUUGAGACUAUCGGCAUCUUCAAACUGUCUGUCGGGCCAAGUGCAGCCACGCGCAUUGGGGACAUGAUAGCAAGGGCAAAGUGUGUGCACAACGUGAAGUUCCUGGAAAAUGACAUGUCGCCUGAGGCCGGCACAGAGCUUAUGAAGGGACUGUGUCGGAACAGCACCCUCGAGCUUAUAUGGCUCGAUGACAAUGCCCUUGGAAUCGGCGGAGCGCGCUUCCUUGGCGAAUACCUGGCCAUGUCUUCCAAGCUGCGAGAUCUGUCGCUUAGCGAUGUGCCAUGCUUUGAUGAACAGCAGCUCGUGUUCAUUGCGGAGGGGCUGAAGACCAAUUGUAGCCUCGAGAAACUGAAGAUUCAUGGGUGCCACGUUACUCCAGCCGGCAUUGACAGGCUUGCUGAAGUUUUAAAGAGCAACACCACUCUCAAGCACCUGACGGUGUCCUCGUGCAACCUUGCCCAAGCGGAGACGAAGUCUCUCGCCAUCCUUCUGGAGUUCAACGCCGGCCUCCUCGAAGUAGACUUAAGGGACAACCUUAUCAACGACUUUGGAGCAGUGCGAUUGGCUCAGGCACUGAAGUUCAAUAUGCACCUCGAGACACUCAACCUCGAGGCUAACCAUAUUAACUCGCAAGGAGUGGUUUCACUCGUCGAAGCACUCGCCAGCAACAAUGUUCUUAAAGAGCUGAGGCUAGGCUGCUUCGAAGCAGAAGAUGAAGAGGACGAAAGGGCUGUCACGACAGCCUUGAAUCGUAUUGCAGCACAUGGCCGAGUGCGACUGUGCUACGACAUGCUCUCGGGUGUCUUGCAGCUCUCGGAGAGCCUCCGCAUGAAUGCAGACCGAAUCACGUCAGUACACCUGGAUGCAAGCGUCGACCUAGAUUCCGACUGCCUCAAGGACCUGUUUGUUGCACUGGCUUCCGUUCCAUGCCUCAAAUCCCUCUGCAUAGAGUCCCAAACCAACAUGGACGGUUCUGCUGCAAGGAGGUUUGCCAAACUGCUGAGCACAACGAAGACGUUGAAGCACAUUCAGAUCAACAGCUGCAAUGCAGACAAUGUGGCCCUGGAAACAGUCAUGAGGGGCUUGAAGAAGAACCAGUCUGUGUUGCACAUGGAGAUGGAGUUCUCAGCCAUCAGCAGUUCGUGCACAGACGCAUUUGUGGAGAUGUUGAAGGGUAACAAGACGCUCACCCACUUUGGAUACCUUACGACCAAGCUGUCUGAACUGUAUGUCAUUGCUCGCGAGCUGCCUGCGAACCGCGUCCUCACCUCUCUCAAGAUUUGGGAGAGGCCCGGCUUCCAGGACGUUGUUUUUGAAAUCAACGAGAUCCUUCGCCGCAACGUCUCCUACCUUAACCGAGCUGUUGAAUUUGCCCUGGCCCCGGAGAAGUUUGGCAUCCGGCGGCAUCCGGCUGCAAUUUUCGAGGAGCUCUGCGACACGGAAUCCUUCCAGAACCAUCUGGCCAGGGUUGCCGGCCCACGCGGUGCGUCCGAGGCAAUGCACAAUGCCCGUCGAUACAUCACCACCCACCUGUUUGCCAUCGCGGGGGUUUGCCAGGUACCCGUCACUUGCUGGCCUCACCCGGAAGGUGCGCGGCAAAUUGACUGUCUGGACAUGUUGUGUUGGCUGAACAUAUUUGCGCAUCUGAAAGUGACGGACAUACCGCGUAGUUCGAUGGAGUCUUGACAUGUUACGUCGCAUUUCUCUCCUCUUUGCCAUGUUACCUUCAUAGCAAUGUCUUAUUGAAUGAAAACCCUAGUGUUCACAUCGAUCAAGGUAACGUGACAAAUGGACGGAGAGGCAUUCUUUCUAAUAUACUGAUUUGUGUAUGUGUACAAGAGGCAAGAUACCAAAGGGCAGAUACGCGUAGUACCAGUACAAGGUACAUUCGUACCCUUUAUUUACACUUUAUAGUCGAUGCUUUUCUACAUUUAGCAUUGUCUCGCGAACGCUAGUUAUACGCGAAAGCUAUAUUCAGUGUAUUUUAAAAGUUCUCAUUAUUUUGUUUAAUUAGCGCUUAUCCCAGCCAAUGUUUAAACCAAAUAUGUAGUCCCACUUUUAUUUUUCAGUACUAAUCAAUAUUAGCACUACAGUGGUACAGGUUUUACGACUGCGGUUGUCGGUGUGUGAGGGUUUCGCCGUUUUUGCCGAAAUUUUUGCACAGUAGACCGGCAGCUUACAUUUUGCGAACUUUAAAGUGCUGCGUCAUUUUUUUUACUCAUCGCUGAGCUGGUGCGAGUGGUGCGCACUUUUUUUUAUCCUUCAGUUUGUAACGCUUCCGCAGCUUAUUAUGCUUUGCGAAGUGUUGUUGCAUCCAUUAGAAAUGUGUGCUCUAGUCUUGCUUGUAACUGCGAGUGGUUCCUAUACAGCUGUGAACACAUGCCAUGUGCUUGAUAAUACAAGGUGGCUAGGUGUGAGCAGGUGCUGUGGCUAAUCACAACACACUCCAAGUGCUUGAUGAAAUGAGGCAGCUAAGCGUGAACAGCUUCUAUUAGGCAUUGGUCGAACCAUUGGCUUGGUGCUCGAGAUUUCAUGCUGAAUUGGCAUAUUGUGAUGUGUUGCUUUUUAUACAGCGUCCAAGCACGCUUCCAAUGUGGUUGCACUAGCUGUUUGACGGGGACGGCUGAGUCUUGCUACGCAAGGUUUCUUGGCCGCUUAGUUGGACACCUGUGUAAUGUGAAACGCCAAGUGCCUUUGCUCGCAUUGACCUCUGCUUUUUUUUUUUUUAUCAGGUCAACAAAGUGCGAUGUGCAGAUUUUGUCACCAGACGCGCUGAUCUGAAACGUCUGUAAAUUUUAAUGCCAGACACUCGAAUGCAGUGCUUGUGGUUUUAGACACUCUCCAAUUGCAAUGUAAGCAGUAUGUAAGCAGCUUGGCUGUGUACGUUUUUGUGAUAUGACGAUUGCGUAUUUGCCUGAAGUAAACAAUUCGCAAAUAUUUUGUGCUAUGUGUACGAGUGCUGUAUCUGUGAUAAUUGCACGAGUGCUGUAUCUGCGAUUGUCGUCGCACUCGAACAACGGCUUGUGUCGUUUACGUCUUUGGGGCCGGCACACUAUGUGAGCACCUCAACUCUAUUCUUGUUUGAUUUUUGUAAUCUCGUGAUUCCGCGUUUUUUGCCUGAAAUAAAAAUUUACUUUUCCACCA